AUAACAAACCUGCAACACCCUAACGACAGCGUCACCCAGGCCAGUGAAAACGCUAAAAAAGCAAAUUUCACAGCACACACUGGAACACGGAUUCAGUUCACGGCACGGCAACACGAACGGCGCACGCGAAUCGGUGAUCCGGAAAGUUUUGCCAAUUUCUUCAUCACGGGACGAGAUCGAGACACACGGGGGACAUCCGCGAGAGAUAGAACCAAGAGCUAGGCUAGAGAGAGAGAGAGGGCUAGUGCACAAAUGAGGAAUAGGCGUCAGUGAAGUGUUUUCACCGUGAAAGAAAAGUGCCAGAAAAUAUAGGCAAUAGUGCGUGCAGCAAACUGGGACACGUUGCGUUAUAUGUGGAAAACUUUCAGGCGCCGAGACAACGAUUGAGACGGUUGAGGAGAAUAGUGACCAUCGGUUAUCAGCACGUGCUGUUCGGAGAAUGCGAUAGUGAAUGUACGAAAUAAAUGAGCGGAAAAGUUUUUGGUCGUUAUGAAAUUCGAUUGAUUCUUAUGAGGAAAAUUAUAUAGCAAUGGGUUCAUGAACAAUUUCAUCGGAUUGCAAGUGAGACAUAACAGUGGUGGAAAGGAUACGGGGUUACGUGCGGGGGUAACGAAAUAACAGCAGUACCACCACCACCACAGUCCAACCCGCCGAAGUGGAAGGGCAAAGCGCUGCCAACAACAAAGGAAAAAAAAAACUCCAUAAGCAUAACUAAGACCAAAACAGGCAGUGCAAUAAAUUCAAAUGAGUACAUCUAAACUACGUGGAAAAUCGGCAAUACAUAUCAAUGACAGCGUAAUCAGUUCUAAUUCCAACAAUUCGCAUAAUACGUUGCUCAAAAUUGAAUCCGUUGUGCCAAAGCUAACGACUCGCGGAAAUAAUUCGAAUAAUUUCAAUCACUCGUCUCGAUUGAAAACAUUUCACCGAUCGCACAGUACGCUUAGCACAUCCUAUUUAAAGAAGGUUAGCGAAAAACGAGUAUUCGUACCUCGUGAGGCAGCAGGUGACCGAGGUAGAGAAUCUCCAAGGGACCAACAACCACAAAGCCAAAACGACCCUCAGCCAGAUGGAUCGGUACUGGUUCAAAAUGGAGUCACAACAAUAAAACGGACCGAGAAGGACCGCGACAAACAUCCAGACCGUGUCAACCUAGAUCGCAAGGGCCUUAGUUCCAUUCCCAUCAUCGAUGAUGAGCCAAACCUUCGGCUAUUAUCACUGCAACACAACCUUAUCAAUACCUUCCACAUACCAGCAGAGACCGAUACGAACAACAAUGAACCCAAGAUACCUGCAUCACCUCCACCCUCACCCAAGACGUCACCUUCCGGGCUACAAAAGAGCAGUGCGAACCCUUCUAGCAACACUACAACUAAAGAUAGCCCCUCCUCCAGCCCCACUAGCAACUCCACUACAGUCACUGCCGCAUCCACCAAUAAUUCCCUAAACAUUACCAAUCGCAAUACAAAGCAACUUCUGCGACAAAAAUCCACAUCCCGCAGCCAGCUGUACUUGAACAAUAACAACCUUAACUAUCUAGCUGGCAAAGUAACCUUGAGUGCUAAGCCUCUCAACGGUCAGUCCCCAGUAUGUGCCACAAGCCCAACGAACACGUUCCUUCAGAAGCCUUCUUCCAUCCUGCUGAGUGCUCAACAUCGCAACAUGCUGAAGAAAUCCAACAGUUUCAUAAGCAACGCCACGCUAUUCCCCUCACCGCCAACGCACCAACAGCAAUCCUCCAACUUACUGAAGCUGAAAAACAAACUGCUACUAACACCUUCCUUCAGUAUCGAUAACCUAAAUAGCGCUAACGAAACGACUGCCGUCCAUGAAUCCACUAGUAACAGUAACAACAACAGCGGCAAAACAACGCCAACAAAUGCAGCCCCUGCAACAAAUGGGGUUAACCACUUCGUCAAUCCGCAAACUCACAUCUCCCCAAUACUUUCCGCAGCCGAACCACGAUACAACCUCCAGAAUUUAGUAUUUCUCGAUCUGUACGACAACCAGAUUGAGAAAAUAUGCUGUCUCGAUGGUUUGAAAUGUCUCACCGUACUUCUUUUGGGCAAAAAUCGAAUCACCGAAAUUAGUGGACUCACAUCGCUCCGUCAAACUCUUCGAGUACUGGACCUUCACGGAAACAAGAUCUCCAACAUUGCAUCAAAGAUCAAUCAACUGCAGGAAUUGAAAUCACUCAACCUUGCCGGUAAUCAGCUUCGUCAGAUUCACAGCAGUGACUUCAAUGGACUGGUAAACCUCAAAGAGCUCAAUUUAAAGCGAAACCGCAUCAAGAAAAUCCACGGUUUCGAUGAUCUUCGGAGUCUCGAACGCCUUUGGUUAUGCCACAAUGAUCUGCAGUGCGUCGAAGACAUGGCCGCCAUUGCCAAAGCAAUCAAUCUCAAGGAGGUCACCAUCGAAAACAAUCCUGUUUCGCUAGCCGGAGACUGCGUAUCGUUUUUGGUGAGUUACCUACCCGGAUUAGUUUCGCUUAGUCAGAUGCAAAUCACAGAGCAGGUGCGUCGAGCCGCCUCCGCAUGGCGCAAGAAUAAGGAACUGUCCGACAUGAACUACUCAAACUUAUCCACGGAUGUGUGUCAAAGUAUACGACGUGAGGAGAUUAUCUCCAACGCCCGCACCAACUGGGAGCUGUUGAGGUCCCAACAGUCAACCGCCUGUCGGAAUGUCCAACGGACUGCUGUCGGUGCCAAAGACGUCGAGAUGGAUCUUAACAACAGCAACCUCUCGGACAUAAAUCGAAAUGGUAAAACAAAAAAAGCUCCACCCAACACCAAUGGAAAUGUUGUGAACAACAACCAUAGAAAUCCAAGGACGGCUGCAAAGAAGCCACCUCCCAGUAAAAAACUCAUUCGUUCAUCAUCGCAGGAUAAUUCAGGAUCACAACUAUCCGAACAAGGAGGCGAAGAUUACUUUCGACUGCCACCUAUUCUUGCGCCAUUCCUUGAACAGACUCCAACUACUAUUGCCUCGACUAAUAAAAUAGAAUCGUCAGAGUCAAGCAACGGCCAAAAUCCUGACUCUAGCAUUUCUAGUGCUCUCAGCUCCGACAACGAGGAAUUAAAUGUCAAGGAAAUUGAGAAGGACGUGGAGACUAGUCAUGCUUGUGUCAACGAAACCGUUGAAGCUCCGAUCAAAAUGAUUGAACCCCCAUCGCCAAAGGAUAUUCCCAGUGAAAUGCCUGAAAAGGUCCAAGAGAACGGAAACAGCAAUUCAGACUCCGGACGAGGGACGUCCGAAACAUCUUCAAGUACGAAUCAAUUGGAUGAGCUAAACAAUGACAAAGUGUCCACUCUGUCUACAGUAUCCAAUAAAACAACGUCCGAUUCGGUUAUUACAACUUCGUCCAUAUCAGAAAAUGACUCAAACCGCGCAACUAUUUCACAAAAACCGAAAUCAGUCGGUCCAGUGAAACGAUACGGAAUAGGAACACUGGUUCGGACAAACACCACUCGAAGUAACGCAGUCAUGAACAACGUCAAUAGUCUAGCAAAUUCAUCAAACCUGGCAAGUUCAACCACGGUGAACACCAAUCCUUCUGCUCCUUCCAGCAUAGCUGGUACCGCCACGACUAACAGUAACUACGUGCCGCCCACCAAGUCGAAACUUAACGAACGGGAACGCGAGCAAGGUGGGGACUAUCUCAUCGAAAUUUGCGGACGUUACUUGAACGUCUACGGAAUGGGUGCCCUCAAGUUCAUCGACAAGCAGUGGAACAUGACGAAGGCCUCCGAUGUGCACACAGUCAAGUUCAGCUACAUCAACUUCAACAGCAUCACAGCGAUUCUCUGCCGGAUAAAGAUCCGCUUCGUGAACGCCGAAAACUUCAUCUUUCGAGAAACGAACAUCACCUGUCUGGGUCAAAUCAACGCACUUGCCGAAAGUCAAGGGAUAGCUUCGUUGACUAUUGACCCGGAAGGUAAUCCAAUCACCAGCAAACCUUGGCGCAAUUACGCUAUCUACCGGCUGUCCCAUUGGGGCCUAAAACAGAUCAACGGUAUUGAAAUCACCGAAGACGAGGUCCAAGAUGCGGAAACAAUGUACGCCGGCCUAUCGGAUCUGGUACUGUGGUCCUUACCAGAAGGUUUGCUACAACCUCUUCUGCAGCGGUUACGACUCGAGGAAACUGCCCAUGCCACAAAAAUGACCGCCAAGGAGUGGUUGAUGCAAGCUGAUUCCUCGCUCAAAAAUAUUGUCGGAAAGGAAGCACUUCAGUGGAAGAAACACAGCACCAGCCAAGAUGAUGCCGUGAUGCGUGCCAAGGGAAAAGCCUAUUUUGCACGAAUGCUGGACAACACCUGCAAUGCCGUCGACAAGCUGCAACAGUUGGAUCACACGUGGCCCACACUGCUCAUGGAGCUCAUACGCAACACCUUGAUCGACUACUCGCAGAUUGAUGUCUACGUGCGAAAUAUGAUGCUAGAAUUGCUGAAAUGAUGUACUGCCGCUGGAAGAUCACAUCUUUCCAGCACAACUGCCGCUAAUUCUACUACUACCACUACUACGACUGCUAUCACUACUAAUCCAACCAACCCUGCAACGACCAAAAGGGUCCUGGUACUGAGACGAAUCAAACAACGUUGCGAGAAACAUUAGACCGCCUUCCGAGGCGAGUCCCCUGUGUUCAGUCAGAUGUCUAAGAUUCUCGGAGAAUCGGAGCCGAAGGGUCUCGGUGCCGUUACGAUUUCCGAAUACGGACGUUCUGUAGAUUUCUACUUUUUUCUCCAAAUUUUUGGCUAUUCCGUAGAGCAGAAAGGUAGCGCUAGAGAAACGUAGUGUGCUAGAUAGAAUAGGCAAUAGCAGCAGUUUUGUUUUAGUUUAUAAGCAAUGCUAGCAAAAAAUUUCUCUACUCACCGUUAGGUUGUUUACCAUUUGUACAAAUGUGGUUAUUUUAAACAACAAUAAAAUGAAUCUCUGAACCUAAA